AUCACAAACGUAUCAUUUGUAUAUUGUACCCCUACAUAGAAACAAACUUUGCGAGUCUAGAUUGAUUAAUCAGUGAGCCAAGAACAUGGAUGAAAAAGCACAUUUUGUUGACAUAAACAUUGAGACGAGCAACACAGUCGUCGAUACUUCAGCAGAGUCUGCGCGCUGGAGUAAAAGAUGCAUCUACAGAAUCCCGCCCUGCGUUGCUGAUUUGAAGAAGACAGUUUACCUGCCGCAGAUGGUGUCGUUGGGACCAUAUCAUAAUGGCACCCCGCAUUUGAGUGCAAUGGAGGAGCACAAGAGUCGAGCUCUCUCUCACUUCCUCAAGAGAUUGGAUAAACCUUUGUGUAGCUUUAUCCACGCCUUGACUCCGGUAGUGCAGGAUCUCAGAGACGCCUACGACAAUUUGGACCCCAAGUGGCAAGACGACGACAAGUUCCUGACGGUUAUGAUCGUCGAUGGAUGUUUCGUCUUGGAAAUAUUGCGCACCACCACUCAAACUGAUCAUAAGCCUCAAGAUUAGGCUGCCAAUGAUCCCAUC